AUGUCCUCGCAAAGCCGAAUAAUUCCGGCCCUGGGUCGUCCCUUUGACCUUGGCAUGCUUUACGAUCGCCGUUCAGAGAAGCUGAUUCUUGGCAAAACAUUGUGGUCUCCGGAUCAUCUGAUUCAGGCCGUUAACACGAUAACCAAACCAUGCACCAACUCAGAAGUCCUUGCCGAAGACACAAUUGACGAUAAAACAAGUGCUCUCAAUAUUGAAGCAAGCAUUAAAAUGAGUUUUCUUGGGGGCUUAGUUAAUGUACAAGGAGCAGCGAAAUACUUAGAUGACAGAAAGACAUCGAGUAACCAUUGUCGCGUUGUUCUGAAGUAUGAGGUAACAACUGAGUUGAAACAGCUGACCAUGGAACAUUUGGGACGAGGAAAGGUGCAGUAUCCAGAGGUGUUUGACCAAGAUAUUGCCACUGAUGUAGUGGUUGGAAUCCUGUAUGGAGCCAAAGCAUUUUUUAUCUUUGACCAGGAAGUUUCCAAAGAUGAAUCCUUGAAAGAGGUGCAUGGAAAUAUGGAAGUACUGGUGAAGUCCUUGCCUGGUAUCUCUACAGACGGAAGAGACUCUGUCGACAUUACUGAAGACCAGAAGAAGAAAACAGAGAAAAUGCAUUGCAAGAUGUAUGGAGAUUUCAGAACAGAAGGAAGUCCAACUACUUACGAAGAAGCAGUAAGAGUCUACAAACAACUACCAUCAUUGAUUGGGGACAAGGGUGAGAACGCAGUUGCUGUCCAAGUAUAUUUACGCCCGCUCAGUGAAAUCGAUACCAAGGGGCAACGAAUGGUUAGAGAGAUCAAUGCAAAUUAUAUAAGCAAGACAUGUGACAUUCAAGAGCACAUACAGUUUAUAGGAUCUAAGUGCAGCGAUUUAAUGAGAGAGGAUGUUUGUUCGUCGUUCCCUCGAAUCAAGAAGCAGUUAUCAAGUUUCAAAAGCAAUAUCUCGCGCUACAAGAUCUUUUUCCAGAAGAAGUUGUUGCCUUUGCUUCCCACCAUCAGAGGAGGCGGAGCAGAAGAAUCAGCACUUGGCGAUAUCUUUAAAGAAAAAGAGCGUUCCCCCUUCGCACAACCUCGCAUCGAUGCUUGGAUCGUGGAAAAAGAGAAAGAAAUGAAGAGAUUGCAAGGUAUCAUCGGUUUCUUGGGAGACACUCCUUUCGUUAGCCCUGAAGAUGUGGAAAAUAAAGCGUUCGACCCAAACAAUGAGCAUGUUGUGUGCUGUACAUUUAAGAUUGGCAAGGAGGACGAUCCUCAGAUUUUGAGUAUGGAUGCGUACCUCACAGGAAAAGUUCUGCCAGAAUUGGAGAGAAAGGCAUCAUCAGGUACUGAUGCUAAAAAUGCUAAUAAAAGAAUCCGCCAGACACUGAAACAGUUCUCAGAACUGAAAUCUGCAAAUGAAGACCACAAGGAAGUGAAGUUUCUCGCCACAGAGGAGUGUCUUUCUGACAAUUUCAAUGGAAACCCCGGAGCCUUCAUCUAUCUCUACGAGGAGGGCGAACUAGAAAAUGAUGAUUUUAAGCUAUCACCAAAGCCAGAAAACCUAGAAGCAGAGAGCGCGCGAGACGAUUCAAUCGAGCUUUGGUGGAAUGAUCCGCACUGGAGCGAGAACAAAAUUGAAAAGUACAAAGUUCAGUGCAAAAAGGAUGAAGCUAAUUCCGACUGGAUCACUCAGUACACACCAUGUGGAAAGCAAGCUAAGAAAACUGCUAUCAUAUCUGGUCUUCAACCAGCUACCAGCUAUCUGGUGCGAGUAUGCGCUGUGAGGCAGAUUGUGGUUAGCCAAUACAGUAAUACUUUGCCUGCAACUACCAAACCAACAAGUCCGCCUGGUAAGCCAACCUUUGCAGCUGCAACGACUGACACCAUAACCAUUGCAUUCACCAAGCCCAAAAGUAUUGGACAAGGAGUUAAUAUUGAAAAGUACAAGAUUGAAUGGAUCUUCAAUUCCCAACAGAUGGAACAAUUCCUGCACUACACAGAAGAUGCGUCGCUGAAUUGCACAAUCAAGGGUCUUCAAGCAGGAGUACCCUACAAUUUCAGCGUUACCGCGAUUUGUGGUAGUGAAGGAGACAGCAACCCCAGUGACCCUAGUGAUCCACUACAAACAAUGGUACCUCCGACAAAAUUUGAUACAACCAGGAUCCUUGCCCGCUGCAGCCUUGUUCAACCACCAGAAGAUGGAAAGCCAACGGUGUACACUCUUCCUCUAACUCUCAAGUACCAAGACGGCCGCAGUCAAUUGCGAAAGUUUGUCAUCGAUCUUAGAGAGAAAGGGGUGCAGUUACAGGGUAAAUUUAAUAUCGUUCCUGAGAAAGUGAUUAUGGUUGUUGGGUCAACGGGUUCUGGCAAGACAACCACGGUGAAUGCUAUGAUCAACCACCUCCUUGGAGUACAGUGGAAGGAUAACUUUCGUCUCAAGAUGAUCCACGAGCUGUCUGGCAACCAAGGGGCAGGAACAAUCGGAAAUCAAGCACACAGUCAAACACAGUUCGUAUCUUGUUAUACUCUACCGUACAUGGAAGGAUUCAAAAUACCUUACAACCUCACUAUCGUAGACACUCCGGGCUUUGGAGAUACAAGAGGAAUUGAACACGACAAACUGAUCACCGAACAGAUCCGUAGAUUCUUCCACACAACGGGCUCGGGAGGCAUUGAUCAUGUUGAUGCCAUCUGCUUCAUGGCUCAGGCUGGUAAUCCGAGGCUCACUCCAACGCAGCAGUAUGUUUUUGACAGAAUCCUGGCCAUGUUCGGAAAAGAUAUCAAGAAAAAUGUCUUAGUGCUCUUUACCUUUGCUGAUGGUGACAAGCCUCAAGCCCUGUCAGCAAUGCUAGCAGCCGGAAUCCUAGAGGAUGAAAAAAGUAACUUCUUCAAGUUUAACAACAGCGCCCUGUUUGUCGCUAACUCUGGUGAAGAAGACGAAGAAAACUUCGGCAGAAUGUUUUGGAGAAUGGGAAUCAAGAGUUUUGAGAAGUUCUUUAACGAAUUGGCCAAGAUGGAACCAAAAAGUCUUGUCCUUACCAAGCAGGUGUUGGAUGAAAGAGCUCAGCUGGAAGUUCGACUCAGUGGUUUGCGGGAGAAGAUUGACCUUGGAGUACACAAACUGAGCGAACUGCAACAGUUAACGAGAGUGUGCAAUCAACAUGCAGCCGACAUAAAUGCUAACAAGAACUUCAAGUUCACUGUUCAACAAGCAAAACGCGUCCAAGUAAAGCUGGACACUGGUACGUAUACUACAAACUGCUUGGUUUGCAACUACACUUGCCAUUAUCCUUGUUCAAUUCCAAGAAAUGAGAAUAAGAAUGGAUGCGCUGCAAUGUCGAAUGGGAGUUGCAAGGAAUGUCCAAACAACUGUCGCUGGUCAGAACACGUAAAUGACGCAUAUCGCUAUGACACCCAGUACGAAACCGUGGAAAAGGAAUAUGACGAAAUCAAAGAAAGGUUCAAUAUAGCGGUUGAAGGCCAGAGCCAGGUAGAGGCUGUGAUCAAGCAAGUAGAGGAGGAUUUUAAUAACACCAAUCGCAUUGUAUUGCACUUCGUCGCCGAAAUGCAACGUGGUUUAAAGAAGUUGUCAGAAAUUGCCCUUAAAAAGGAUCCACUACAACAAGUGGACUACUUGCAUUUGCUAAUAGAAUCUGAGAAAUCACAAGCAAGACCUGGUUGGCAAGAUCGCGUAAAAUCUUUGCAGAAAACAUUGGAUGCAGCAGUCGAAAUCAAUCGUCUUGCAGAGCCUGGGUUCGAUCCGUGGGAAGAAUAUCGAGAGAACGAGGAGACUCGUCAGUUCUUUCAGAAUCAGAGUGAAUCUCGCCUUAAUCAAGCAUGGAAGAAAACAAAGGAAGUAGCAAUGACAGUCAAGCGAGGAUUAGUGCGUUAUGCUUCGAAAAAAGACAAAGAACUGAGCGGCCAGUAA